CGGAUUUCCAGUGACAACUUUGACAGAGAUCGACUGGCGACGGAUCCGACGCUAGCAGUGAUUGACACUCGUGUUGCGCAUCUAUCUGCUGUCCCUGGCCGAAUGGAAUGCCCCCUUUCUCUCGAGGGCUGACUGCCGAUGAAUCCCUCGAUGACGGGCCCCACGACGGCAAUGUUCUGACCACCAAAGGGCAAUGAAUAGCCUCGACUGACUACUCCGUUUGAAUGCGGCCCUGUACGCGCCGUCGCUCAUUACGCUUGCCUUCCAUUCUCUCAGCUCUGGCUUUCGACAGGCUUGAUUCUAGUUGGGCGCCGCCUGGAUGAAGAGCCUACGAUGUUGCCGCUCGUACAGAUGCACCAGAUGGUGCAACCGCAGCUUGAUUUUGUCGCGCCUUACCAGGCACACAUGAAACUGGACUACUUGCCGCAUCAGCACGGAUCCCACCUUCCGCGGCCGCCGCCCUCGCUCCAGACUUCGGAUUCGACGCCUCGCGUGUUUGCUAUACGCAGCGCCCAUCAAGCUCCAGCUCUGCACCGAAUCACAACUACCUUCAGCCGGCUGCAUGCACAUGACCAGGCCGAGCACUCUCUCCGGCGGAAAACGCCCAAUGGCACCAUCGACAACGGGUACGAUGGGUCGUUAACUCAUAUGGCUUCGGGUCCUCCGCCGCUCAAACAUAUGAUCGUGCCAGCUUCGUCCAAGAUCUUCCCGACUGCCGUGUUGCAAAGCGCCGGCACGCCGCCCGGCCGCACUGUACUGCAACAGCCCUCCACAGGCGCGUGGCCGUACCACGCGGGGGCACCCGCAGCUAGAUUCGAGACUGGGGCUAGGAAUUUGAACGGCUCAACUCCGACGCCGAGAGGAUGGGAAAUUGGACCGUCAAAUGGGCCCUUGAACCCUGGCGCGGGAGACGGCGCAAACUUCAUGCAGCCGCUGCCCCAUCACGGUUUUCACACGCCUUCCGGCCUGCAGCCACUCCUCGGUCCGGGAUGCCAGCAAUCCUUGACUCAGACGGUUUACAGUCCUAACGGCUACCAGCAGCCCGCCGUGUGGAGGGACGGCAGUCUUGGCUAUAGGACCUCGAUUCCAUUGGCAAACGGCUACACACCGCAGAAUUCUGUCGAUGGCGCGUUCAUGCCAUCGCAGGCCACGAUACAUCAUGGAUUGCCUAAUGCGCAGGGACUGGGUCAGGCCCAGCAUUUUGGCUUGCCGCUACCGGGGCGUCCUGUCGAUGACGGUUUUCCCGGUCAUGGCCGGAGCCUCUCGGCGCACCAUGCCGCUUGUGGCGGGCCAUUGAAUCCCGCGGCUGGAUAUGUCGCCAAGGUUUCCGUUGCAGGUGAUAUCAACUCGCCAGCUCGCUUUAAAGAGAGGGCGCUUCAGAACGCCCACAAGACCUAUAACGAUCUUUUGCUUUAUCUCACCAGCACCAAAAAGAGCGCCCAUGGACGCAGCGGUUCCAUCUCCAGACCACCAUCCAAAAUGGUGGUGUAUCCGAAGCCUUCUACUACACCGGCAGGCCCGGGCAGCAAAGCCCGGCUGGUCACCAUCCCCGCUGACCCAUUCACAAACUAUUCGCAACAACUAGCCCAAAAGGAUGGUGCCGCCCGAGCGUUCAUCAAUGGUCAAAUGAUGGGGGAAAAUCCAGCGGUUGCAGCAGAGAUUCUAGGCGGACAAGGGCAGCACAGAAAUCCUUACCAGACCGCCCAUUAUCAACGGUUAUAUCAUGACAUUGGUUCACCCUCGCCAGUCUCAAACGCCAAGGCUGCGUUAGAGAUACUCUCAACCUUGUGCGAGCAGAGCGGCUGGAAAUGGGUCGAGGGAAUGCUUCUGGGUGGCUGCCUUCACUACGGUCUGGAGCACUACGAAAAGGCGUUGGAAUGGUUCAAGCGGAUCGUGAAUCUGGAUGCGAGCCAUGUAGAAGCCAUAUCCAAUAUUGCCGCGACACUGUAUUGUCUUAACAGGCAAGAGGAGGCGGAGCAGCAUUGGGUGCAAGCGAUCAAGUUACGCCCCGGCUAUCUCGAAGCGGUCGAGCACCUCGUCAGCCUCCUGUGUUCCAUGCAAAGGAAUGAAGAGGCUGUGAACACGAUCGAAUACGUCCAGCGUGCCUUGAGGAUGCCGGGUUCCGAUGCAAUGCGCGAUCAGGCCAGCGAAACGGCCAGCGAGGCGGAUACAGCUUCCAUGGCCACGAUGGAGUCGACUCCAGAUCCAUUCCUACUCGAUUCAGAUAGGACGGACAGCCCGGAGCAGCGCUUUGCUUCAACAGCUGAGGAUAGCAAAGCACCCGGUUAUGGAACGAGCGGCUACGCCAUCCCUGGGAGCGAGAACGGCCGGAUGAUUCUCCUUAUUCACGCCAAGGGGAAUAUGCUGUACUCGUUGAAAGAUGCCGACAGGGCUUCCGAGGCUUUUGAGGAAGUAGUCAUGAUCAGUGCUGGCAGGCAGGUUCAGGGCGUCAAGUCUCUGAUUCGAAAGAUACAGACCGUCUUAGCACCUAGGGAUCCUCGAACAGGUCAACCCCGGGGAUCCAUUCACAAAAACCUGUCGGUGCCGUUGCUUCUGCCGCCAGAUAGGGCAAAGCUCACGGCGCAGUUUGUUUUCUCCUCGACCGGCGGCCAGUUACCUGGGCUACAGCAUCUGGCAGAAGGGGCUCACAAAAAGUCGGUAGUAGCGACGACCAGUAAUUCGCUGUUGUCCUUGGCCAAGAUAUUCCAGGAUGCCAUGUCGAACGGUGGGCCCAACCAGAGUCUUAUCCGUCAACCCGCAGGCGUUGGGGACAUUUUGUCUCUCUACUACCUCUCCCUGUCCCUGCAAGAGAGCCCAUCGACAGCGAACAAUGUCGGCAUCCUUCUUGCAGGCGUGCAGCAAUCCGUCCCACCACAGUACAUUUCCGCUGCAGAUAUGGGAAUAGCCGCCAGCGUUCCGGGGAUUGUCCCCGGCAGCGGGCUAUCUCUCGCACUUGCCUAUUACAACUACGGUCUCACGCUAGAUCCCAAGCAUGUUCACCUCCACACGAAUCUAGGUAGCCUGCUCAAAGACAUUGGCCAGCUAGACAUGGCCAUCUCAAUGUAUGAGCAGGCUGUGGCAUGCGACGGUACCUUUGACAUCGCCUUGACGAAUCUCGCAAACGCGGUCAAGGACCGGGGACGUAUCGGCGAUGCAAUCAAGUAUUAUCAGCGGGCGGUGGCUGCGAACCCUGACUUUGCCGAGGCUGUCUGCGGUCUCUCAACUGCGCUCAAUUCAGUCUGCGACUGGAGAGGUCGCGGCGGUGUUCUGCUUGCGGGUGGGAAAUACGAUCGCUGGCAUGUGGACGAGAACGGUAUGCUUAAAGAUGUGAGGACGCAGGGGCAAGGGAGCGGUCUAAUGAAGCGAGUUGUCGAUAUUGUUGGCCGCCAGCUCAAGGAAUCACUGGCGUGGGGCUGCGGUGCUCUGCAAGAGCAGUCGAUUUUACAACUGGUAGCACAGCUCAGGGAUGCUGGAGCUGGUAUCACAGAUGAGUCCCUCAACUUGGGGGCUGAACUCCGAAAAUGGGCGGGAAGGCCGGGCGAGGGAGCACGCAUUGUGCGUCUUAUUGAGCGGUCGACGAGCGUUGCCAUGCGUUGCUGGUAUCGCGAUAAGCACAUCAAGGGCAUCCCAUCACCAGCCGGAUAUCGCCGGCCAAAGCCGCCGGCCAGCCUCUCAAUCCCUUCGGCGCCGACGGUUCUACCUUUCCAUACUUUCACUUGCCCGUUGCCUGCUAAAGAAAUCAGAACAAUCUCGCAAAGGAACGCACUAAGGAUAUCGUUCUCGACACUUCGAUCGCCCUGGAUCCCUACCACCGUCUAUGAGCCUCCCGACCCGCCCAGCCCGCAUUUGAACGUGGGAUAUGUAUCCUCUGACUUCAAUAACCAUCCCUUGGCACACCUGAUGCAAUCUGUCUUCGGCUUCCAUAAUCCCAAGCGUGUCAAAGCGUUUUGCUACGCGACAACGGCCAGCGAUAAGUCGAUCCAUCGCCAGCAAAUUGAGCGUGAAGCGCCAGUCUUCCGAGACGUUAGCACUUGGUCGCCGGACAAGCUCAUCGAGCAGAUCGUUCAAGACAAGAUCCACAUUUUGGUCAAUCUCAACGGCUACACUAGGGGAGCACGCAAUGAGAUAUUCGCAGCACGUCCAGCCCCAAUCCAAAUGUCGUUUAUGGGCUUCGCAGGAACUUUGGGCGCCGAAUGGUGCGAUUAUCUCCUGGCCGACUCGACUGCCAUCCCUCCGUCGACGCUCCGUCCUCAUCGCAGUAAUUUGACGUUAGGAGACGUUUUCCGCGAUGAAGCAGACGCUGAUGCGGAGGAUUGGAUAUAUUCCGAGAACAUCAUCUUUUGUCGAGACACGUUCUUCUGCUGCGACCACAAGCAAUCAGCUGACGGGCACAACGAAAGGGAUAUGACGUGGGAAGAGGACCAGCAGAGGCGAUGGAAGAUGCGCAAGGAGCUGUUCCCGAAUCUCCCGGAUGACGCCGUCAUUCUAGGGAAUUUCAACCAGUUAUACAAGAUCGACCCAACCACGUUCCGCCUAUGGUUGCGCAUCCUGGCGCAUGCGCCGAAAGCAUACCUCUGGCUACUUCGGUUCCCCGAGCUCGGCGAGAUGCACCUACGGCGCACGGCCCGCGACUGGGGCGGCGAGGGCGUCGCCUCCCGCAUCAUCUUCACCGACGUAGCGCCUAAGCAGCAGCACAUCUCGCGCGCCCGUGUAUGCGACCUGUUCCUCGACACGCCCGAGUGCAAUGCCCACACGACGGCGGCCGACGUCCUCUGGUCCAACACGCCGCUCCUCACGCUGCCCCGGUACGAGUACAAGAUGUGCUCGCGCAUGGCCGCGUCCAUCCUCAAAGGCGCGCUGCCCAAGGGACCGCAGGGCGACAAAGCAGCGAGCGAGCUCAUUGCCAAGGAUGAGGCCGAGUACGAGGAGUUUGCGCUAAGGUUGGCCAACGGGCUUGCGUAUCGCCCUGUUCGGGCGGCAGGUGGGCGAGGGGCGGUCUACGGUGAAGGUGUGGGCCGGCUGGCGGAACUGAGGAAGUUGCUCUUUGAGAGCAAGUGGACUUGCGCGCUGUUCGAUACGAGGCGGUGGGUCAGGGAUUUAGAGGAGGCGUAUGAGAAAGCUUGGGGCAGGUGGGUGGACGGGAUCGGGGGUGAUAUAUACCUUUAAGAUGAGCCAUGGAAUGGGUGUUGGAAUAGGGUGGAAUGGGUUUCUAUUGCUUUGAUUAGACUUGGUAUAUUUUGCCUCGGGGUUUCUUUACUCUUACUCGGCAUGUUUGUUCCAAAGGCGGGUUUGGAGGAUAUGCGCUGCUUUAUCGACG